GACCAGUGAAGUGUACACAAGGUCUCACAGUGCAGGGAGAAGAUACAGACUCCAUGGUGGCUGAGCCAGGACCCCAGCACUGCUACCCACUGAGCCACCCUGCUGCCCAGAGCCUGGACUGGAGGAGUGAAGGGUUCCUUAGGUGCAGGACUCUCGCAGAGAAAGUCUUCUUUGUAAGAUGAUGGCUCUUUUCAUAAAGGACCCACCAGAGAUGGAGAAGGACAGAAGCCACAUGGCUGCAGAGAUAUUAGACCUCGCCCUAGAGAUCAUCUUCUUGAUAACGGGAGAGGAUUACACAGUAGUGAAGAAGUCGUCUGAUGAGUGUGUGACACCUCGUGCGUCAGGAGGACGGAGCAGGAUCCAGAGCCUCAUCACCGAGCCUCCACCUCAUUCACUGAUACAUGAGCAGAAGAUCCUAGAACUUACCAACAGGAUCACUGACCUGCUGAGCGGAGAGGUUCCUGUAAGGUGUCAGGAUGUCGUUGUCUAUUUCUCCAUGGAGGAGUGGGAGUAUUUAGAAGGACACAAGGAUCUGUACAAAGAUGUCAUGAUGGAGAAUCACGUCACUUCACCCGAAGGAUCCAGUCACAGAAAUCCACCAGAGAAAUGUCCCAGUCCUCUGUGUCCCCAGUACUGCCCAGAGGAGAAGCCGAAUGUCCUACUGGAUCAUCAGGAUGUAAUGAUAGAGAAUCACCAGCCCCUAAUAUCACCAGAUGGAUCCAGUCAGAGAAAUCCACCAGAGAGAUGUCCCAGUCCUCUUUAUUCCCAGGACUGUCCAGAGGAGAAGCCACAUUUUGCACUGGAUCAUCAUGAACUUAAGAUGGAGAAUCACCAGCUCCUUAUAUCACCAGAUGGAUCUAGUCAGAGAAAUCCACCAGAAAGUUGUCCUAGUCCUCUAUGUCCCCAGGGUUGUCCAGAGGAAGAGCAGGAUAACUCACUGGAUCAUCAGGACAUCACAAUGGAGAAUCAUCAGCCCCUCACAUCACCGGAUGGAUCCAGUCAGAGAGAUCCACCAGAGAGAUGUCCUAGUCCUCUAUGUCCCCAGGAAUGUCCAGAGGAGAAGCCGAAUGUCCCAUUGGAUCAUCAGGACGUCUUGACGGAUAAUCACCAGCUCCUUACAUUACUGGAUGGAUCCAGUCAGAGAAAUCCACCAGAGAGAUGUCCCAGUCCUCUGUAUUCCCAGGACUGUCUAGAGGAGAAGCCGUAUGUCCCACUGGAUCAUCAGGACGUCUUGACGGAUAAUCACCAGCUCCUCACAUUACUGGUUGGAUCCAGUCAGAGAAAUCCAUCAGAGAGAUGUCCCAGUCCUCUGUAUUCCCAGGACUGUCCAGGGGAGAAGCUGAAUGUCCCACUGGAUCAUCAGGACGUCUUGACGGAAAAUCACCAGCUCCUCACAUCACUGGAUGGAUCCAGUCAGAGAAGUCCACCAGAGAGAUGUCCUGGUCCUCUAUAUUUCCAGGACUGUCCAGAGGAAGAGCAGAAUGUCCCACUGGAUCAUCAAGAAAGUGAUGGAAGUGGAAGGACGAGUGGCCUGGAGAACCCCACAUCAAUGUCGAUGACUGGUGAAGACUGGAUGAGAGGCUCCUACGGACAUGUCUUUUUUACUCCAUUUUAUCAAGUAGAAGAUAAUCGAUCAUUAAUUGAGAGGAAAAGAACCUGCCGUAGACCAGCUAAGAUUUUUGUGUGUUCUGAAUGUGGGAAACAUUUUAAAAAGAAAUCUAAUCUUUCCAUGCAUGAGAGAAUUCAUAGAGAUGAAAGGCCGUUUUCAUGUUCGGAAUGUAGGAAAAGUUUUAUUCGCAAAUCAAGUCUUAUGGAACAUCUAAAGACGCACACAGGAGAGAGGCCGUAUUCAUGCUCAGAAUGUGAACGCUCUUUUACCCAUAAAUCAACCUUUGUUAAUCAUCUGAGGACGCACACUAAGGAGAGGCCGUUUUUAUGUCCUGAAUGCGGGAAGUCUUUUAGUCAGAAGUCAAAUCUUAUGGAACAUCUAAGAACUCACACAGGAGAGAAGCCAUUUUCAUGUUUGGAAUGCGGGAAAUGUUUUAGCAAGAAAUCGGGUCUUGAUAAUCAUAAGAGAACUCACACGGGGGAGAAGCCAUUUCCAUGUCCUGAAUGCGGAAAAUGUUUCAGUCAGAAAUCAGCUGUGGUUGAGCAUCUACGAACUCACACAAAGGAGAAGCCAUUCUCGCUCUGAGACUGUGGGAAGUGCUGUAGAUUCUCUUAAGAAAUUUCUGAGAAUUUACACAGGGGAGAAGCCAUUUUCAUGUCACAGAUGUUUGAAAUAAUUUACCGAGAAAUCAGAUCUUGGGGAACAUCUACCAAUUCACAUGGGGGGAGGGGGAGCUAUAUUUAUUCUCAGAAUGAUUGACCCAUAACUCAGGUCUUAUGUAACAUCUGAGAACUCACACCGGGGAGAAGCCAAUUUAAUGUUCAGAUUGAGGCAUGUCACAGGUGUGGAGGUCCAUUGUAGGACCUGCUGCCUCAGGAUGUCUUCUGCUAUAAAUCCUAAAUGCCUGAUUAUAGUUGGGAGCGAAUUUCUUACAAUUCAAUUUGGGUUUGAAACUGGCUGUCCGACUCCACCCAAAUUGCAAAGGAGAUCCGUUACACAACUCUCUCUCUCUCCUUCUUUAAAAAAAAAUGAUUUCUUUAAACUCUUAAUUAUUAUAAUUUUUUUUUAUUUGUGUCAUAUUCCAGAAUUUUACAAUUAAUUCCCUCAUCUCCACCUGGCUACAAUACAGAAAACCAUUACUGUUUAAAUUGGUUGUGUGAUAAAAAUGAAAAAAAAUAAUUACAGACAGGAGCAUGUGUAAAAAAAAAAAUCCUGUGACUCACCCUUUGAAAAUCCCACUAUUCCAGCGCCACAGCUUUGUGAUCAUGGGCCAUUCUUACACAUGACCACUGAGGCCACAAGAAAGAAAAGGAACGGAAUGGCAUCCCUUCCCGGUCUGGUGGGGACUAAA